CGCAGACAGAUCCUAAUGGCAACCUUGAUGCUUUGUAUCUUCAGUAUAUCCAUCACUUUUUUCGCCUUUCCAUAUCUUGUUGUCGAUUUUGGAUACCUUGUUCGCCCCAUUUGGGACAAAUCUCUAUCCAAAUGGGACCAGAUCAUUGUCCAUUAUUAUGCUCCUGGCAUGUCCAUGAAAGAGCGCUGUGAAGCUCAUGGAUGGGUCUUGGCCGAACCUGUAGUACCCACAGCAACAAUACCAAAAACACGUAUUGUCUAUGAUGCCGUUGUCUUUAGUCAAGAGCUGGACAUGCUUGAAAUCCGAAUAAACGAACUUUGGGAUGUGGUUGAUAAGUUCUUGAUCCUUGAAUCCAAUUCAACAUUCACAGGCUUACCCAAGCAGGAAGUUUUCAAGCAAAAUAGAGAUCGCUUCGCGUUUGCAGAAUCCAAGAUCGUUUACAAGUCCAUCCCUCUUUACCCAUUAAAACCUGACCAAUUACCCUGGGUCAAUGAAGGGAGGAUGAGAGGCGAGAUGACCUUGUUCUUGCAAGAAACUGGCGUUCAAGAUGGGGAUCUCGUCAUCUUUGCAGAUGUGGAUGAGAUCCAGGCUCGCCACACUAUCGAGUUGAUCAAAUCAUGCGAAGGAGUGCCUGACGAUCUCCAUUUUCAACUCAGAAACUUCCUUUACAGUUAUGAAUUCCCUGUCAAUGACGAAGGAAACUGGCGCUCAAGCAUUCACAAAUGGAGUCAUGGCAAAACCCGUUAUAUGCAUGGACAAUCUUCUACUAUCCUUUUGAGCGAUGCAGGUUCGCAUUGCUCCUUCUGCUUUCGAACCAUUGAGGAAUUCCGAUUCAAGAUGAAGGCGUACUCCCAUGCAGAUAGAGUCCGUUACAGCUAUAUGAUGGAGCCUGAAUGGAUCCAACAAGUCAUUUGCGAGGGCAAGGAUCUGUUUGGUAUGUUCCCAGAAGCCUAUUCCUUCCGGGAACUGUUCAGUCGACUGGGAGCCAUGCUUAAAUCCACUUCUGCUGUCUAUUUACCGAAAUAUGUCCUCGAACAUCGAGAACGAUUCAAAUUUCUCCUUCCUGGAGGAUGCAUUCGUGAAGGCCCACUUAAAGAACAACCCCAGCUACAGCAAUAUCAACAAGAACAGCAACAAGAGUAAAUACAUAACUAAUAGAAAUAAUAUGUCUAA